AUGGCAAACCAGGAUGAAAAGGCAGCGCCUGUGCGACAGACGAGAACCAUCGGCUCUGCCACAAAGUUGGAUCCCAUCCCGCAAGGUUCCACGCUGCGCAAGCGGCCGCUCAUCCGACGGCCCUUGCCCGCGUCGUCCAAGGACCGCCUCAUCUACGUGUCGUCGAGCACGCCGUUCAUGUCCGCCGUGAAGCGCGUGCGCAAGCAGCUAACGCGGUCUCUCAAGGCGGACGGGCGGGCGCCGGCCGCGCGCAAGCACGCGUCGCUGCACGCGCGCAUCGAGGGCCUGAAGCGCGACGUGGAGCAGCAGCAGGGGCGCGCCGGCGGCGGCGAGGCGACCGUCACGCUCGUGGGCACCGGCCGGGCCGUCGAGAAGACGCUCGCCCUCGCGAGCUGGUUCGAGCAGCAGCCCGACUGCGCCGUCGCCGUCAGGACCCGCACCGUGGCGACGGUCGACGACGUGGCCCCGGCGGAGCAGGACGACCAGGAGGAGGAGAGCAGCCGGCUUCGGAGGUUGAGCUGCCUCGAAGUGGUCGUCAGCUACAAGUGA